UUUGAGAAAUGUAACUACAUAAGAAUUGUGUGCUGCGUAAAUGCCCCUAAAAUUUAAAAUUGUUUACAAAAAGGGACUUGAACAUUGGGGUCCAUGACAUCUGUCAUCACGGCAAGGUAUCCAAUAAAGAGAACACCAAACCAAGAAAACCAGCUAUGGUGGUCUUCUCAUGGCUGCUUUUGCCGUCCUUUUCUUUUCUUUUUCACAAUCACUUUGAACUCUAAACAACUUUUCUUAGCGCCCACUCUUCCAAACCCUCUAAAAUAUCUCUCAAAAUGGAGGGGCAUCUCAAGUUGGGACUUCUAUAAAUACCCUUCAGUAUAUCCAACACCAGCUCCAUGUCUCUUGCUGCUUGAUAAUACGCAUCCACAAUCCAUCUCUUCAGUCCAGAUCCAAAGUUCUGGUAACCAAACAGAUCUCGGCAUUUGCUCAUUCUUGCGAGUUUAAUGGCAGAGAAUUUUGAUUCUCAGCUUGUGAGUCCUCUUCCUUCCUCCAUUCCCUGCUGGGUACUGUCCAACCACCGAGCUUCUAGGAUGAGAGGCAAGGCUUCAGCCAUCAUGAAGCAGACGUUCUCCUUCAUAGCGACCAUGGCAAAGGUGAAGUCCAUCAUAGCGACGAGCCGAAGCAGCGCCAUUAAGGCCAGGCUCCUCAUCUUUGGGCUCCUGCGCAACAAAAAACUUCUGAUGAGUGCAAUAAACCAUAGGAUACAUGCUCUUAUGAGACAGGAGAAAGGAAAGCAUACCCAGAAUGAAGAGGACUACAGCAAGGCAAUUGUGCUUUACAAUAAUGCAGCGGAGGAGGAGGCUUUGAAUGCGAGACACAUGGAAAUUUUGGAGCAGAGGGAAAUUGAAGAUGAAGACGAUGACUAUCCGGACCUUCGUCACUCACUCUUUGAUUUGGAAGAUGAAGAUGAUGAUGAUGAUGAGCUGAUGAAUGGAACUGGAUCUGUCAUAGAUCUAGUAAGGAAUUUGAGGGAGGAUGGCAAGGAGUUCAGACUUGAAGAUGAGAUUGACCUUGUUGCUGAUGUGUUCAUCAGAAGGUUCCACAGGCAGAUGAAGAUACAGAAGCAGGAGUCUUUCAAAAGGUACAGGGAGAUGCUAGAAAGAAGUCUCUAAUAAUAUGUACUCCUGAAUGCCAUCAUUUGAGAAGUUAUAUUGCAUUGACACAAUUCAUAUGAUGGAGUGCAUAGUUCUGCUACUAAUGCUUGUAGAUCUAGCAUGAACAUCAUCAUUAUCAUCACUUAGCUGCCUCCAGUCUUUUUUUCCUUUGAAAGUUUAAAAAAUUCAAGGGAAGGAACCAGCUGUAGAUCGUUUCAAUUAGUAUGCAGAAAUUAAAAAAAAUAAAAUAAAAUGAUAGAAUAAGAAUUUCAUGAUGAUUUAAUAGUUUUUCCAGAGUGAUGCAUGAUGGACUGUCAGUGUAUGUUCCCAUCAGCAUUACUUGUUAUCAUGUAUGUAUGUUUUAAGAAAGGUUCUUUUAUUUUUCAUCU